AUGCUUUGCAAUUCAGACCUAAUUUUAUCAUUGAUCAAUUAUUCCUACCAUUACGUUGUCAGCUAUCCGCUUUCAUUUUAUUGCACCCGUUUUGCACCAAGCGCGGUUUCUUUCAACACAUCAAUUGCUAACAUUGCGUCGCUUAAAGUUUCUGCAUUACAAGGUCCAUGUGCAGAAAUUACCAGAACAGGAGAAUUUUUAAAUGGAAGCAUAUUUACAGUAUCUCAAAUGACUUAUGCAGAACCAUUGUGUUUAAGUGAUGUUGCAAGUGUUCAGGACAACAGAGGAAGUUCUGUUUGGUUCUUGUCACCUCAAGGGUGA